CUUGCGCAGAGCCUGUGUUCAGGUUUCUCGGCCAGGAUGCGACACUAUCGCGAGACAGCGCCAGGUUUCUCACCUGUCUGAUACCGGGUGGACUGGGAUAUAUCUACUUUGAGGCUAUGAAGAAGUAUCUACAAGCUCAAGAAAUCAUGCGCCCCGGCACCUACGUUCUCCUGAUUACUUCCCCCCUUAACGCCGGGCUCAACUACCUGCUCGUAUACACUUUCAAAAUCGGCCUGUUGGGCGCUCCUCUCGCAACCAGCAUUUCAUACUGGCUAUCCUUCGCCCUUCUUGUGCUUUACGCCCGCUUCAUCGACGGCUCCGAAUGCUGGGGUGGCUGGACACGCAAAGCCUUCAGCAACAUGGGCACAUUUGCCCGUCUCGCCAUCAUGGGUGUCAUCCACGUCGGGACAGAAUGGUGGGCUUUUGAAAUCGUCGCUCUCGCAGCCGGUCGACUGGGCACGAUCCCACUCGCUGCUCAGAGCGUGAUCAUGACAGCCGACCAAGUCAUGAACACUGUCCCCUUCGGCGUAGGUGUCGCGGCCUCCGCACGAGUUGGGAACCUCCUGGGAUCUCGCGAUGCUCGAGGCGCGGCCCGCGCAGCCAACACGGCCGCCUGGCUCAGCAUGUUCCUAGGAACCGUAGUACUCUCCAUCUUGAUGGGAUCGCGACAUCACUUCGCUGAGAUCUUCAAUGACGACGAACGCGUCGUCCGUCUCACAGCCGAAGUAUUACCGUACGUUGCACUUUUCCAGAUCGCGGACGGAUUGAACGGUAGUUGUGGAGGGAGUCUACGGGGCAUGGGCCGUCAGCACGUCGGUGCGGCCGUCAAUAUCGUUAGUUACUAUUGCGGUGCGUUGCCGUUGGGCGUGUGGCUCGCGUUUCAUGGCUGGGGUCUGAAGGGUCUCUGGGUCGGACAGUGCAUUGCGCUCUAUCUGGUUGGAUUGCUUGAGUGGGCGAUUGUUGCUCUGAGUAAUUGGGAGAAGGAGGUGCAGAAGGCCUUUGCUAGGAUGGAUACUUCGGAGCGUGUUGAGGGGGGAAUUGGGUCUACAGGGGAUAUGGAUUGAGGGUUUAGAUCUGAGUAUGCAUGAGAUGUAUAGAUGGAUGGUAUGGGACUAACAAAAAGAAUCUCGUUUUACGAGCAC